AAACCAAUCAUGCAUAUUUUGUAGCAGAGUUAAGAAAAAAACAGAGAGAAAAAAAAAACCAUGGCAGGAAAGAAAAUCCCAGAAGUGUUAUUGAAUUCAGGACACAAAAUGCCAGUCAUAGGAAUGGGAACAUCAGUAGACAAUCGUCCAUCAAAUGAUGUUCUUGCUUCAAUCUUUGUUGAUGCAAUUGAAGUUGGUUAUCGCCAUUUCGAUUCUGCUUCUGUGUAUGGAACAGAGGAAGCUAUAGGCAUUGCUUUAGCAAAAGCUUUACAAAAAGGGCUUAUUAAGAGUAGAGAUGAAGUUUUCAUCACUUCAAAACCAUGGAACACUGAUGCAGAUUAUGAUCUUAUUGUUCCAGCUCUCAAGACCACAUUAAAAAAGCUGGGCACAGAGUAUGUGGAUCUUUAUCUGAUUCAUUGGCCAGUGAGACUGAGACAUGAUCUUGAAAACCCUGUUGUUUUCACCAAAGAAGAUUUACUUCCCUUUGACAUAGAAGGAACAUGGAAAGCUAUGGAAGAAUGUUAUAAGUUAGGCUUAGCAAAGUCUAUUGGUAUAUGCAAUUAUGGUACAAAAAAACUCACCAAACUCUUGGAAACAGCCACCAUUACCCCUGCAGUCAAUCAGGUGGAAAUGAAUCCAUCAUGGCAGCAAGGGAAACUGAGGGAAUUUUGCAAGGAGAAAGGAAUUCAUGUUAGUGCUUGGUCAGCUCUUGGAGCUUAUAAGGUAACUUGGGGUUCAGGAGCUGUUGUGGAGAAUCAAAUUCUUCAAGACAUAGCAGCUGCAAAAGGGAAGACCACAGCUCAGGUUGCACUUAGAUGGGUGUACCAAAUAGGUUCAAGUGCAAUGGCUAAAAGCUUUAACAAUGAGAGGAUGAAACAAAAUCUUGACAUAUUUGAUUUUGAACUGAGUGAAGAUGAUUUAGAGAAGAUUAAGCAGAUUCCACAACGCCGACAAUACUUAGGAGAUAUGUGGCUAUCUGAAAAUGGAUCCUGCAAGACCUUAGAAGAACUCUGGGAUGAAGAUGUUUGAAAAUUUCUUCAAUGUCCUAUCUAUAAUGUAGUAUAUGAAUUAGCAAAAUAAAGUUCAUAUGAUAUGAUUUAAAUUUCAUAUGAUUAUGUAUUAGCUUCUCUUAUUUCACAAUGUUUCCUUGCUUAAGACCUUGAGUUGAACCAGAAUAUGACUGUGACAUUCAAAGAUGUAAGGCCUAUGUGGCUCUUCAUAUUUUUUCAAAUUCCAAAUAAAAUGUUUAUUAUUCUCAAA